ACCCAGGCUACCAGGGACACCCCCCCACACAAAGAGAGACACGCACGCGCUCCUGUUCCCUCUCCUCCCCGCCCCCAAACCUUAACUGGCACCCGCAACGUCUACUCAAUUCUUUCGGUGCCGGACCGAGACCAAUUCGCUCGGUCGUCAGUCGUCACGGACCUUGUCACACGAUCCGGCGGGUAGUCUACAGAAGAAAUCUUGCCAAUCUUGUCGAUCGUUCUUGCCCUCCCGUUUUUCCACGUCAAGCACCAUCGUCAUCGCCGUCAUCAUGGCUACCAUCAGGCGUCGCGGCAGCCUUUCCCCGGCAGGGCUGCAGCAGAGGGUCGGGCUAGCGGUGGCUGGCGUCGUUCUCCUCGCGGUCAGUUGGUCAGCCAGGGCGUUUGUUCUCACUCCCCCCCGAGAUUUCACAACCGCGGGAAAGUUCAACGCUGCUCUACCCGCCUCGCCUCGGCAAGGAUCCCGUUUCUUCAAGAUAAUGAUGUCGGAAAAAAAUAAUGCUGAAAUCGUUGCAGCCGCCGCGCCCGCCGCCCCCACCGCCGCCCCCACCGCCACCGCGACGGCGGUUCGAGCACCAGCACCAGCAGCAGGAGGAAAAGGGGCGUCCACUGCUGCUGCAGCCGCUACCGUUACUGCCGUUCAACAGAAGGCCAACACGGCUAUCGAGAACGUGGACGCCGCGGCUGCCGUUGCCCAGGAGGAGGUCAGGCAAGCGAGCGAAGAGGUCGUGAGGCUGACGGCCACGACCGUCGCGAGGGCGCUGCCUGGUACCUGGCUGAUCGCCGGCCUGCCCAAGUGGAUGCACAUCUUGCGGCGAAGGAUGAUCACCAAGGAGGAUUGGAUGCAUCUCCACGCGUCGAGCGGGGCGUUGUACAUCGCGGGAGGAUCCCUGUACCUCUUGGGCGUCAUCGGCAUGGAGCUAUUCACGGGCACCCCCCAGCUCGACACGACGAGCGCGCUGCCCCUGUGCGUCCUCGGUUUCGGCGCGCUUAACACCUUCAGCUCGAUCCCGAUGGCCAACACCCGCAGCUGGGUCUUGAGCGGGCUCUGCCUCUCGACGAUGCAGCUCUGGAACGCUUGGUACGUCUCGGGAGCCUACCCGGCCUCUCUGGCCCCCGCGGACCCCUGGCUCGCCGCCGCAAACCUCUCCUUGCUGGUGAUCGCCUGCGUUGAGGCUGAGGAGCAGAUCCUGGCCGAAAAGCGCCAAAGGGAAAUGCUGGCGCAGAAGGGCCGCCGCCGCACGGGCAAGAUCCACAUCCGCGGAGACGACCACGUGGAGGGCGAUGCCAUGAACCGUGCGGGUUCUUACGGGUCCCUGAUCUUCAACGCCCCCCACCUCUACGCUACCCUCGUGGGAAGCGGCUGGGUUGAGCGUCUCGGGGAGGCGUUCCCCGAUAGUCCCGCCCUGCUUUUUCACGCCUACGUCGCCCUCGCGACCUCGACCUCGAUCGCGUUCCUGGCGCCUACGCUCUACCAGCGCCGCCUGAUCGACGCCAAGAUGAUGUCGUCCAUGCAGUUCCUGACCUUUGCGCCUGCCGUCAUGAGCCUCAUCGACGCCUCGGUGAUGGGUGCGGCAGCCACGAACAACCCGAUAGACAUCUACCUGGGUUUCCUGCACUGAGUUAACUGGGGGGGUGGAUGGGGCUGACUCGUGUACAAACGUGUAGCCAUCUGCUCUUGCAGGCAGGUGGUUCCUCGACUGACUGUUGAGUGAUGCGUAAUGAAGUCCCCAUCAGCCGGUGCCUCCCGUGGGCGAGAAGGCCCUUGCGUGCGAAGUUUUUUGGAGUGACAAGCGUUGUUUUGAUGAUCCUUGGUGUGACAAGCGAAGUGCGGGGCGUGGAAAAAGAGGAAGGAGGCGGUUGUUAAUUCCAAUAAUUUAUGUAUUUCUCUGUUUUCCUUGUUGGCGACGUCCUCCUCGUCGUCGACGUCGUCAGAACGCCCAUGAUCAUUGUAAUGAUGGGCCGGAUUUUGCAGGUGGGAGAUUUUGCUACAGACAAAAGGCGGGGGCAGGGGGCAGGGUGCUUUCAGCGUGUAGUGACCGCCCGGACCCCUCUACUGCCGAUCUGGCGCCUUGUUCUGUCUCUAGUUUUGUCGUGUGAGGUGUGGGGUGCUGUGAUGCUGUUUUUUUGUUCUUUCUGGCAGUUCGAAUUUGUUGCUUCGUUAUAUAGCAUGACUCCCGGGAAGGUGAGGCCGGGAGUAUACGGCUUUAUGUAUGAUUGCAUACGCAUUCCGUCCAUGUUCUUGUAUCUUCGAGUGCCUUUAAAUUGGAAUGCAGUGUAUGAUGUAGAAAUUGAUAUUAGUGUAAACGGCCAUUGUUUUGUGUUUUGCGACAAUUCCUGCUGGCAUUUGUUGAUAGGGCAUGCACGUAUGACGUGGGGGUGGUAGCAUUUCCCAGAUAGGGAGGCAUGUUUUCGGCCGAAGUUAUGGCACACGCGGUACUUUGAUGUUGCAGUAGGCGAACGCAAGCAUGUUUUGUCCGGUAUUAAAGCAUGUGUUGUCCGGCAUUUUAUUCGGUGGCACGUACUUCGUCCAAGAAGCAUGCCUGUCUGCUUUACAGCUGGCGAUGGAUUUGGAAUUCUGGUGCGUGUAUGCCAGUGGGAAAGGCGGGGUACUUCAAAUAUGUGCGGGGGUGAGAGUAUCUCGCACAGACGAUCCACGAAGGACGGAAAAAUGGAAUUAUUUAUGCUUGUGGCGCGCGUAGAGUAUGUACAUUGGCGGCCAGAGCAUCUUUAUGUUCCUUGAGCAACCGGCAAGUAAAGCAGAAAGCGAGAAACGGGCAAAUCAGAAGAGAGCUGAAGUGUUUUUACUCCAGAUGUCGGUUGAAUGUCAAUAGCCCCCCCCCUUUUGACGAAAACGAGG